AUGGCCAUCGUCGCUGGAAUCAUCCGGCAUCCUUCCCUUGGCCAAGAUAUUACGCUGAAAGUUGUCAGGACUGAGAUUAUGCCCUAUCGUUCUGAUAAUCUAUUUUACUACGCUGGUGAUACGAUUGAUGCCGACUUGCUUUUAUCUAAGGAACGGCUUGAUAACGACAAUUACUAUUUUGUGAAGACAUUUUUAAAGAAGCCCAGUUAUCAAGCCAUUCAAAAGUUUUGUCGAUGGCAAGCCGACCAAAACUACCACAACCCGCUUGACAAAAAACACUGGGAUACCUCUGUGCUCAUAACCAAAAAAAACUUAUGUUCGCUUAACGACCCCAGUUGUAACACACUUGGAUUGGCGGAAAAGUACAAAAUCUGUUCACCAAGUAAAUCCUGCGCGAUUAUUGAGGACACAGGCAUGGCUACAGCUUACACUAUUACCCACGAGAUUGGGCACUUACUUGGUGCCAUUCAUGACGAUCACCCACGAUGCCAGGCGAUCGCGAAGGAAGAAGGUAUCAUGGGCUCCGUCUUCCUUUAUCCAUCAGAAACAAUGAUCGGACCUUGGAUGUGGUCGAAGUGCUCAUCGCAGAAGAUCGGCGACCUCAUCAAUCAAGGACUAGGAAACUGCAUGAUGCGUAGGACGCGGGAGUUUUCGGUGCGAAGUCCAACUUUGAUCCAGCCACAGGCUUCCCUCUACACUGGCAGGACUCAUAUAUCACCGGAUGUUCAAUGCAAACUAGUCUUUGGUCAUGAUAGUACAAGCUGCUCACGAGGCCCGAGCUGCUCAAAGCUCUGGUGCAAGACAAGAGCCAGAGACGGGUCGGAACUGUGCGCGACUAGACAUCAACCUUGGGCAGAUGGAACUGCUUGCGCUGCUGGAAAAGCAUGUUACCAUAAGCAAUGUGUCUCUCGCUCUCAAGCGAACCCGCAUCUACCUUUCGAUGAAUCGGUAGAUGGUGGUUGGUCUCAAUGGUCAAGUUGGUCGUCAUGCUCGUCGACUUGUAAAGGCGGGAUUACAAGUUCAAAUCGAAUUUGUAACAAUCCAAUCCCGCAAAAUGGUGGGGCAGAAUGCGAAGGAUCAAACUCAAAGCAUAGAUUCUGUAACUCAGACCGUAACUGCCCUGUUUCCACGGAGGACCCUCGUGACAUACUGUGUAAAAAGUUUCAAAAGAAAGUCGCGCUCAAAGCUCAAUGGAUGGACUCCUCUGACCGGGUGUGCAACCUCUUUUGUGUUGAUCCAGCGAGGUCGUGGCACAUCAGCAACAAUGGUCCUGUUCAAGACGGCACUUUGUGUCGUCCCGACCGCAGCGGUAUCUGUAUCAAGGGUGAAUGUCACGAGCUAGGAUGUGACGGAAACAUUGACUCUUUGGCAAAAGAAGACACUUGCGGCGUCUGUAAUGGGGAUGAUAGCACCUGUAAGACCUUCCGGAAGAGAUUUUAUCCUCGUGGAAGGGGAUUUGUACGAGUUGCGGAAAUUCCCGAAGCUCGUAAUCUUGUUAUCAAGCAGCUAAAUUCGCAUGCAUCUGAUGAAGUUUAUCUGGUCCUGAAAAAAGACGGAAAAAUAAUCUUCAACGGCCACGACUUUCGAAAUCAAGAAACUAAGGUCAUCUGGGGAGAGGAUUCUUCACGACCGCUAGUCAUUGAGUACUCCGGAUAUGGAGCUAAAAUGAAUGAGCAGAUCAAGGUCAAUCACCUCAUGAGCGAUGGGCUAGAAGUUUAUGUUUUCAAGUCAACAAAGCAGCGCUACGCUUCUUUGGAAAUCAAUUAUAGCUACAGCAGUUUGUCAGAACGGAAAAUUUCUCGCGAAACAUUCGAUUGGAAAUAUUCCGGCUGGUCAAGUUGUUCUUCUCCAUGUGGUGGUCACAGGCAACGCGUUCUCACAUGCAGGUCCAGUAUUUCAGGCGCUACAGUUUCCUCGUCAAGAUGUUCCCCAACAAGCUUACGAUCGAGCGAAUCAGAAAAAUGCGACUCUUCAAAAUGCAAACUUGAGUGGAGAUCCGUCCAGGGCGAAUGCAGUACUUCAUGCGGCCAAGGAACAGCGAGGCAAUCAAACUAUUGCAUAAAGGUUUCACUGAUCGACAGCUCGAUAGAGCGAAUGGCAAAGACCUAUUGUGAGGAAGAACGAAUCCCUGCACCGCCAGAAAAUAUUCCUUGCUACCAAGAUUGCUCUGAUGCUAAGUGGAAGCUUGGAUCAUGGACUGGAUGUUCAACAAGCUGCGGAAGAGGCGUGAGAAGUCGCCUAGCAGUCUGUAGAAGUUCCACAGGAGUUGUCAUUGAUGAAAAGUAUUGUGGAAAAAUUUCUGAGCCGAUCGUAGAAGUCUGCCACUUGGAUAACUGCGCGGACUGGGCAGAAGAAGAAUGGUCGAGUUGUAGUGUUACUUGCGGAAAUGGCCUUCAAUCGAGAGCGGUUAUUUGCAAACGUAACGGUCAAAAAGUCCAUAACUCUUACUGCAAUCGGAGCAAUAUGCCAAUGAUGUACCAGCAGUGCGAAAUGAAGGACUGCAACGCUUGGGAGUUCGGAGAAUGGUCAGUCUGCAGCGCGAGUUGCGGAGAAGGUAGUCAAAGUCGAUCGGCCCGUUGCUUGACGUCGAAUUGCCCCAAACUCGAGCGCGAGACUGUCCAAAGAUCCUGCAAUACUCAUCGCUGUCCAAAUGAGUCUGAAUGGGCCUUGGAACCGUGGACACAAUGUUCGAACAGUUGCGGAUCGGGGACUAAAAGAAGAGUCGCGAAAUGCGUGAAAAGCGGAACAGAUCUUCCUUCGCGCGACUGUCCUCCAGAAUACAGACCACGUGACAUAGAAGAAUCUUGCUUCUCCCUGGCCGGCUGCCAGCGUGAACUUCCCAAACCAAAGUGGGAGGUGACCAGUGACUGGACCACCUGUAGUACCACUUGUGGUCAGGGAGUAAAAACACGGCAGGUUGAAUGUCUUCUCAACGGAGAGCGUGAGAACGAUCAAUCAGAGUGUGACGAAAGCGAAAAACCAGUGGCACGGGCUUCUUGUGAGCUAUUUUCAUGCAGAUAUCUUUGGAAAUAUUCUCAAUGGUCUGAAUGCAGUGCGACAUGCAAUAAAGGAGUUCGUUCGAGAAAGCAAGAAUGUGUGCGAGAUGAUGGACGGGUCGAAGAUGAUAUUUAUUGCCGACAUGUUCCAAAGAAAGACAAAGAAGCUGAGAUUGAAGAGUGCUGGAAAAAGGCGUGUCCACAAUUUGAAUGGAGAACGGGAAGAUGGACGCGCUGCGAUGCAAAAUGUGGCCAUGGAAAGCAAAACAGAAAGGUUUUCUGCGUCAAAGAUUCCAACAAGCGCGUUCACUCCCGCUACUGCAUGAAAAAAUAUUCCCGCGCUGCCAGACCAAAGAAGACCAAACGAUGCCGCGCAGAGAAAUAUUGCACAAGGUGGAGAUCUACCGAGUGGUCCCAGUGUGAUAGCACUUGUCAUCAAGGAAGGGAAGUUUUUUGCCAAGAACGACACACGAAGAAAAAAUUGCCGGAAGAGCAAUGUCAUAAGAUCGAAAAACCGAAAGAAAAACGUGGUUGCAAAAAUAACUGCCUCCGUGGAAUUUGGAAGGUGUCGAAUUGGAGAAGUUGCUCAGGAACCUGCCAGUCGGAGAACGACGCAAUGCCAACCAAGUCUCGUCGAAUCACUUGUAUAUCUCCAUCAAACGGGGCGAAAGUACAUAGAAAUGCAUGCAGUCACAAAUCAGCGCCGCUUUCUCGAAGAGCUUGCUCAAACUUGCCAAACUGCGAUAGCGUUGGAAACGACUGGGAAGUUGGAGAAUGGGGCCCAUGUUCGGCGAAAUGUGGCGGCGGGCUGCAAACUAGGCCCGUUACUUGUCCGGAAGGAAAGAGUUGUAGCAAGACAAAGCCUCGCACGAGCGUAAAGUGCAAUCAACAACGAUGCACGGCGAUGCACUGUCGCGAUGUUCAAAGACUCAAUUCAACAUCUACAGACGGCGAAUAUGAAAUUAUGAUAAAUGGAAAGCCGAUAACUAUCUUUUGCUUUGCUAUGUCUUCACCAGAUCCAGAAGAAUACAUCACCUUGCUGGAAAAAGAAAAUUUCAGCUUUGUUUACCGCCACCAAUUAGCUGAUAAUUCUAGCUGUCCCGUGGAGGGCGUCGCGCCACGUCUCGCAUCUGAGGCGAAAAUCAAGGGAGGAAAGACCUUAUUUCACAAAUUGCGCUUUUUUCCGGAAACGCUUGAAGUUGCUACAAACGAUGUUGCAUUCUCCACGUCCAAGGGUACCCCAGUCAAAUUCGCGCAAGCUGGAGACUGCUUCUCUUCCGGCAACUGUCCACAAGGAAGCUUCUCAAUUAAUCUCUCCGGCACUGGUUUCGCCGUCGCCAAGGAUCAAAACUGGAUGGUCAAGGGCAGCCACGGGACGAUGAAAAUGUGGCGCGCGCCCGACGGAACUCGCCUGCAGGCGCGUUGUGGCGGACUCUGCGCGCAGUGCAUUCCGGAGAAAAGGAACCGAAUCAAGCUCGCGCUUACACUGGACUAA